AUGACGUCACAACCACCGCCACCACCAACACAACCACAACCGCCACCUUCUUCCACCGGAGAACAACCAGAAACCGAUCACAUUAACCGCCUCCCGGACGAACUACUUCUCCUAAUAUGCACCAAAAUCAACAACGCAAAAUCUCUCUGCAUUUGCAACCUAAUCUCCAAACGUUUCUCCACCGUCGUCCGCCAAACGCCUUCGUUAUUCCUCACAUUUCCUCACCGGAAUCCUAACAACAAAGACGAAAAUCUACCUAAAAAACUCUUCAAUUACUUAUCUCAAUCAUUCUUCCGGAAGCCUCCGCCGAACAAUUUCGACGGAGCGUUGUUCCAAUCGGCGAUCGAUUCGCUAAAAGGCUUUCAAAACGUUAGAGAUCUACGAAUCGAACUACCUUCGUUCCAGCACGACGAAUCGAUCCGCAACUGGCACGCGGAGUUCGGUAGAGGCGCAAACGUAUGCGUGAUUCUGUUCGCAACGUCGUUACGUGACUUACGUCAUCAAUCACCGUCGUCAAAUCACCAGAUCCAAAUCCAGAAUCCAGAUCACGCAUCGUUAACGAAUCAUUUGCUACAAUCGCGAAUCGCGUCAUCGAACCAGUGCUUUCGAGAAGCCACGUGGCGGCAGCAUGUCCUCCGGCACGUGGUGGAGAAUCACCGCCGGACGUUAGAAACUGCUGAGAUCUGUGACUCGGAACAAAAAGGAAAAGUUGUGGUUAAUGAUAAGCAACAGGUGAAUGAUUUGUUAGAUCCGGAGGUGAAGUUACCGGCGUCUGGAUAUGGAAAGCUUUGGCAUGUGCAGGUGCUCCGGCUGCCGGAAUCACGGUGUGUGUUGUACGGUGCGACGGUUGUGGCGAUCCGGCGUACGGAUGAGAGUGAAGAAGAGUGUGAGGAUGUUGGUGUGAAGCAUUUGAUGAAGAAGAGGUGUGAAGUUGAUGAGCAUGGGCUUUUAUGGGAAGUUUUGAGACAUAUUCUUGAGAAUCAUGCACCCGCAAGGUCUCUUAAUAUUAAUGCAGCCAGAAGAUGA